CUCUGGAACCUUGAGAGGAACCCCAGUCUGGACCAAGAGGAGCCAGAACCUCCACAGAUUAAAGAGGAGGAGGAGCACUGCAUCGGUCUGGAAGUAGAGCAGCUUGUACUGAAGCAGGAGGAUCAAGAUAACCUUUUAUUGAAUCCCACUCUCAAGGACAGUGACCACAGUGAACCAGAACCAAGUGACCACCAGCUCCUCUCCCACAGCUCAGCUCAGAGCCAAGAUCUCAGCGGAGGCCAGCAUGGAAACUCAAAAUCAGUUAGUAAUGCAGAGCCGGCAUCAGAAAAGGGACAUCAUGUGAUCACAAGAGCAAAAGGGAGCACAAGUCCCAGUAACCUUGCAUGUAGCCCUACCAUGUCAAAGAUUGUGCCGAAUAUCUGCAAGAGUAAAAAGGUUCUCCAGUGUGACACUUGUGGAAAAGUCUUUAAGUGGAAGUCAUUAUUAAAUGGACAUCUGAAGGUGCACACAGGUGAAAAAUCAUAUCUUUGCAAAACCUGUGGAAAAAGAUUUGGGUACAAGUCAGCACUAAAAACACAUUUGAGAGUCCACACAGGGGAGAAACUGUAUUCUUGCGAAAGGUGUGAAAAAAGUUUCACAUUAAGCAAAAAUUUGAAGAUCCACGAGAGAACACACACGGGCGAGAGACCUUUUUCUUGCAAAACUUGUGGGAAAAGUUUUAGCCAGAGAGCUAGUCUGCAGGGACACGAGAGAACGCACACGGGUGAGAGACUUUUUUCUUGCAAAACUUGUGGGAGAAGUUUUAGUGCGAGAACUAGCCUGCAGGGACACGAGAGAACGCACACGGGUGAGAAACCUUUUUCUUGCAAAACUUGUGGGAAAAGUUUUAGUGCGAAACAAACCCUGCAGGAUCACGAGAGAACGCACACGGGCGAGAAGCCUUUUUCUUGCAAAACUUGUGGGGCAAGAUUUAACAGUAGAAGUAACGUGCAGGUCCACCAGAGAACACACACGGGCGAGAAGCCUUUUUCUUGCAAAACGUGUGGGAAAAGUUUUAGUGCGAGACAAACCCUGCAGGAUCACGAGAGAACGCACACGGGCGAGAAGCCUUUUUCUUGCAAAACUUGUGGGAAAAGUUUUAGCUUGAGAAAUAACCUGCAGAGACACGAGAGAACGCACACAGGCGAGAAACCUUUUUCUUGCAAAACUUGUGGGAGAAGUUUUAGCCUGAGAAAUACCCUAAAGGUCCACGAGAGAAUGCACACGGGGGAGAGACGUUUUUCUUGCAAAACUUGUGGGAGAAGUUUUACAACUAAAAUGACCCUGCAGGUCCACGAGAGAACGCACACAGGUGAGAGACCUUUUUCUUGCAAAACUUGUGGGAGAAGUUUUAGCCAGAGAUCUACCCUGCAGAGACAUGAGAGAACGCACACGGGCGAGAAAGCUUUUCUUGCCAAACUUGUGGGAAAAGUUUUACACUUGGAUGUAGGUUGAAAGUCCACAUGAGAAGCCAUAAAGGGGAGGAGUAUUAUCCAUGUACAACUUGUGGGGAAAGAUUUGUUAUCAAAUCAAUUCUAACCAAACAUUUGAUGACCCAUACAUAGCAAAACUGAUAUUUUUGUAAAAUGUUGUAAAGAUCUCUCACUUGCCAGUUUAUACAAAGUCCACAGGAGAAAACAUCCAGUUGAGAAGCCACUCCAUGGCAACACGAGAGGGAUAAUAUUUGCUCAAGCAUUGUCAAAGAAGUUGUUACUUAGAUAUUUAUUUAUUAAUUAGUGAUACAACAGUUAGGGAAAACAACACUGAAAAUGUUUCCAGGAGGCCAAACAAGAGAUGAACCUGGUUGUAGUUCAAUGCUUUAUGAAGUUCCAUCACCACUGACGAGGAGCAGACUUCAAUAACUUCACAAAGCAUUGAACUACAGCCAGGUUCAUCACUUACAUCUACACAAGAGUUAUUGUGUACAUUUGCAUUAGCUGCAUCUCUGCAACUGAAUGUGGAAAAUAUCCCAUUGAGGAGACAUCACAAUAUCUUUGAUGCAGUACAUGGUCAACAACAUUUGCUGAAGUACCCACGUUUCUGUUCUUCAUGUGACUGUCAUUGAUAUUUACAUCUGCAAAGGAAGUGAUGUUUUCAACCAUGUAUCUUUGUUUAUUCAUUUAUCAGCCAUUUAUACCAGAUGGUGCAGGAAGGGGACGGGGGUGAGAGAAAUUGAUUGGGUAAAGUGGCAGAUCCAGGAUAUUUUAUUAUCAGUGAAUGUUGAGAGAUGUUGUCAAUGUGUCAGGAAAGACUGAGGAUCAAGAUGUAAAAAUCUGACAUAUUUGUGGUACAGAGAUUUAUAAGAACAAAGUAUGUGAGGCAGAUUAUCAGAUGACUUCCCUUUUCUUUUUCCUAUUACAAAAGAAGAAAAUAUGUUGUUAAUGUGUACACUGUCCUAAAUGACUCACUGUAAAUGUUUAUUCUUUUGUACUACGUGUAUUCAAUACUUCAGUGCAUUUGCAGUUCAUUAAAGUUUUUUGAAAUAUGAA